CCGUUUUUCAUCCCUUCGUAUUUCAGCUUCCCACCUCGACUCUAAGUUCUCUUUAUAUAAAAGCAAAAAGAUGCUCAGCAUGAAGAAAACCGUGAGGUCGUACAGUAGCCAGUCCUCAGUAGGUGUAAGCAACAAGAGUUUCUCCUCUCGUAGUGCCAUUUCCAGUGGAGCGGCAGGUGUAGUCGGGGGGUACAAGGUUGUUGGGUACAAAACUGCUUCUGGAAUACGUGGGGGCAGUCUGGAGUUUGGAUAUGCGGUAGGGAUGGGGUCAAGAGAAGGCUGGGGUUCUGCUCCGGCUCUCUAUCCUCCGAUCACGGCCGUAACGGUCAAUAAAAGUCUCCUUGCGCCUUUGAACCUCGAGAUUGAUCCCAGCAUCCAAGCCAUCAGGACGCAGGAGAAAGAUCAGAUCAAGACCCUCAACAACCGCUUUGCUUCGUUUAUUGACAAAGUGCGCUACCUAGAACAGCAGAACAAAAUGCUGGAGACCAAAUGGUCCCUUCUGCAGGAACAGACCAGCAGUCGGUCCAACGUUGACACUAUGUAUGAGAACUACAUUGCAAGUCUGCGCAGACACCUAGAUGGUCUGGGCCACGAGAAGAGCCGCCUUGAGUCUGGCUUACGUGACGUAAACGGCCUGGUUGAAAACUUCAAGAGCAAGUACGAAGAGGAAAUCAACAAACGAAAUGACAGUGAAAAUGACUUUGUGUUCCUUAAAAAGGAUGCUGAUAAGGCAUAUCUGAAUAAAGUGGAGCUGGAAUGUAAAUGGGACAACUUAACAGAUGAGCUCAACUUUCUAAGACAGAUUUAUGACGAGGAAAUUCAUGAGCUCCAGCAUCAGAUCAAGGACACAUCAGUUAUUGUGGAGAUGGACAACAGUAGAAAUUUGGACAUGGAUGCAAUAGUGGCUGAAGUUCGUGCUCAGUAUGAGGAGAUUGCCAACCGUAACCGAGCCGAGGCUGAGAGCUGGUACAAACUCAAGUAUGAAGAAAUGCAGAUGUCUGCCACCAAACAUGGAGAUGACUUAAAAAGCUCAAAAGCUGAAAUUGCAGAGUACAAGCGCAAUAUUGCACGCAUACAAUCCGAGUUGGAAGCUAUUAAAGGGCAGCAUUUAAAACAUCAGACUCAGGUCACCGAGGCAGAGGAGCGGGGCGAAAAAGCUGUCAGAGAUGCAAAGCUUCGUCUCCAGGAGCUUGAGGCGGCUUUACUGAGAGCCAAACAUGAUAUGGCCCGUCAAGUGCGCGAGUACCAGUCAUUAAUGAACAUUAAACUGGCCCUGGACAUUGAGAUCGCCACCUAUAGGAAGCUCCUGGAAGGAGAAGAGAGCAGAUUGUAUAGGUCCCACAAUUUCUCCAUCUCUAAACAGAACUCUUUGAACUAUGACCUUGAUAGCAGACGCCUUACAAGAGUCUCAUCUCAAAGUGCCGGGCAAGAUGUUCUGGACGUGGGUCUGAUUAAACAGGAACUCGUAGUUGCUAAGGGUGACGGUGGCAUUUUGACAAGUGAGAGUUUUAAAGCUGCCAGCAGUUUAACCAGCAGCAGUGCCACCAUUACCAAAAGCACAAAGACCACCAUCGUUACCAGUGAGAAGAAACUCAUAGCUUCUGAGGGACACGUGGAAGUAACAAAUACGUCUGCUAGCAUACAAGACAAGAAGGUUUCUGAAUAACUAAUGAACUGGUGAAUUAAUGUGCAGGGGUUUGCUUAAAUUCGAACAGAAGAACACCUUUUGGGUGGGGUUGCACCCAUCUAUCAUUUAAGCCGGAUAGGAGUGCAGGACAAAUUUUCCUGUGCCCUACUUGGCCCUAUCACUAACAUACAAUUAUAUUAAAUGCUUUAUAAUAAUGUAAAAAUAGAUGGAGAGUGUCUAUGCUCUCAAACGCUGUCACUGUAGCCUUUCAAAAAGUACACGUUUGUACAUAAAGAAUGCAUAUUAGUACCCCACAGCCACACUGUAAAAAUCCAUAUUGCACUUAUUUUUUUUAGUUUUAAUCAACUUUCUUGACUAUUGCAGAAUUUAUAUAAAUUAUAAAAAUAAUUGAAAUAACUUAAAGGGCACCUAUUAUUGCCUUUUUACAAUAUAUAAGUUUCAAGUGUUCCCAGAAUGUGUCUGUGAGGUUUCAGCUCAAAAUACCCACAGAUCAUUUAUUAUAGCAUGUACAAAAUGCCUCUAUUUGCUUUGGAGCAAAAGCGAGCUUUUUUAAUGUCUGUACCUUUAAAUGCAAAUGAGCUCUAUCUCCUCACUUCCUUACAAACAGACAGUGAUAGCUUUCAGUUAAAAUAGAUCUGAUUAAUACAGUCUGAGACAAUAUUAUCUAGUGGACAUAGUACAAUUUGCUGAGGAUGGAAACUAUGGUAAUGCAGGACUGUAAGUGGGCGGGGCUUCUUCAAUGUGACCUCACAUUGAUAAGAGAGUCAAAAUGGUAUGUCUAAUGACACUGAUUUGGUUUAAUGAGGAUUAAAAAACAAGGAGUGGGUGGAUUUUUUUCACACACACACUCUUAGAACGGAUGUGUUAAAAACAACACAUUAGUGUUGAUUCUAGGACAACACACUAAAUGUGUUGUCCCAGAAUCCACCCAUCUUUGUGUUAUUAUUGAAACAACACAUUUUGUGUUACUUCUUACACAACUUGUGUUUUAUUUUAACACAAAAUCAACACGAAAUGAAACAUAAUGGGUUAAAAUUACACAAUGUGUUAAAAGCUUAACAUAAAAAGAUGUGUAAAAAAUUAACACAUCCUUUCUAAGAGUGCACUGCCAACACAUUUUGCUUAAUAGGUGCCCUUAUAGCUAAUUUAACUUUAUUUUUUAUAAUUUAUAGCAACUCCUCACUAGGCAAGAAAUUUCAAAUGAAUUAUAAAUCCAAGUUGAUUAAACCAAAAAAUAUAAGUGCAACAAGGAAUUUUACAUACAUACAAUGUACAUAUGUGUACUUAAAAGGAGAGUUCACCCAAAAAUGAAAAUUCUGUCAUCAUUUACUCACUCUCAUAUUGUUACAAACACAUAUAAAUGUCUUUGUUCUGAUGGACACGAAAGGAGAUAUUUUGAGGAAUGUUUGUAACCAAACCAUUCGUGGACCCCAUUGACUUUCAUAGUAGGUAAUAAGAAGUAAAUGCGGUCUACAAACAGUUUGGUUACAAACAUUUCUCAAUAUAUCUUCCUUUGUGUUGAUCAGAACAAAAACAUUUAUACAGGUUUGUGAGAGUGAGUAAAUGAUGACCGACUUUUCAUUUUUGGGGGAACGAUCCCUUUAAAUGGUACAUAUAGGACCUCAAUUUUGAAGGGUACCAUGCCAGUGACAGCUAUUGUAUAUCAUGAUCACAAUAAUAACAUUUAAGGACAUUCUUUCUUGCUGUUUUCAGAUUACUGCUUCACUGCACGGUUAUUCAAAUAAAGUCAAAUUAAAAACCCUG